AUGACCUUCCGGCCAAGCGGCAUAAAGUCAACUUUCGAGGGGAGCCUCAGCAAGGACAUUCGGGAACUGGGCACAGCCCUCGACAACAAGGUCGGCCUUAGCAGCCGAUACUGCUGCCACGAGACCCACACUACCUCCCGGUCCAGCAGGCAUUUCUAUGCGCCCGCAUCCUACCCGACCACCUCGAAGAACGUCUCGGAGGGCAAGUCCUACCACGACUUUCUGAAGCGGUUCCGAGGCGGAUCCAGAUUCAGCUCGGAGACUGUUCUGAUCGAGGCGGAUGGAAAUGUGCCUGAGCUGGCGAUAGGGGCCGCAGAGGGCGCAGGGAGGGUUUGGACAAUGUACGAAGGGGAGCUCCGGCUGCCUUAUUCUCCCGAACUCGACGGGAGGGACGUGCCCGAGUACACCCAGGAGGAAGUCUUGGGAGCUCUUGGCAAAGUCCUCCUCAAGAGCGGGAUGGCGACGGCCGAAGCGCAAGAAGCUGGGAAGAGGAAGAGGGAGGCUGAGGCGGCGGUCCGAGCCGCUAAACCCCGGAUCACCAAGAUCGAUGUAGCGAUCAAAUUCGCCUGUCCCGCCCAUAUGGCUCGGAAGGAACGAGGCGAACGAUCGCGUCGCCGUCCCGCCGCGCUCGACUUCGAGGAUUCGGGCGUUCAUCCCUACGACGUCUAUAAUAACGAUUGGCGGUUCUCGGCCGAGGCGAUCGAGAAGCGGAUCCUCAACGAGGCGAAGCUGUACUCGGAGAACCUACAGAGUAUAGCGGGAACGGCGGUGCCUCGCUACUAUGGCUUGUGGAGCACCGAGGUGGAGGAGGGGACUGUGUGGAUGAUGGUGCUGCAGCUGUUGAGCCAGCCAAGACCGGAGGAUGUGGAGCUGGAUAUGAGGGUCGCUGAUCUGCGGUACUCGACUCGGCGGGGGAUCUGCUCUGCCUACACCGAACUACACAGAGCCAACGUCGUAUCACGCGACAUAGACAUUCCACACCUCCUGACCCGAUACGAUCCCUACGCCGCUAUGCGUUUCACCAUGAACAUGCUCUCCCGAGGCUCGGCCGCUGCGAUCCAACCACAGGGACCGCCCAAAUUCUUCAUCAUUGACUUUGACCAGGCGAUUGAUCUGGCGGGCAUGCCGGAGGAGGAGCGGCGGAAGGCGAUUGACGAUGAGAGAGCGGCUUUGGGGAGGAAGUACGGGACAUGGGAUCAGACGUGGGAGGACGUGGAGCAGGGAAGGUGGAUGAUUCGAUGGGGAGAUGAGGGUGAAGACGAAGAUCAAGUCAUGGCGGACUAG